AUGUGGAGAAACAGGCCACAAGGCCGGGGAAUGUUCUGCCUCCGCCGCUCGCUGCGUUCUAUGCUCCGAGGCCAAGCUACCGGCAGGCCAUCGGCUCGGGGGCCCAGCUUGCAAGGCUCCCAAGCGGAAAAGAGGAAAUCGGGGACGCGAUGGUCCAGGUACCGCACCGUGUCCUUGUCCCGCGCCCGUCGAGGCGAAUGUGACGGUUAGCGAAAUGGAAACGCAGUAAUGGCUCUACUCCAUUUCCUCCAAGGCAAUAUCAACCACUGCGCCGGAGCCCAAGAUCUUUUGCUCCAGAGUCUGGCGGAGUGGCGGAUAGAUGUGGCGGUGGUGGCUGAGCCCUAUUUCGUGCCGUCCCGGGACAACUGGGCGGCUGACUUGGAUGGACUGGUGACGCUCGUAACGCAGGGCGGCACAGUAAUGGAAAGGGUAGUCCGGCGGCGGGGUUGUGUCUCGGCCUCGAUCAAGGGUAACACAGUGAUCGGGGUCUACUUCUCUCCCAACCGUGGCCUGGAUGAAUUCGAGCGGUUCCUGGCAGAUCUGGGGGAACUGAUUGACCUAGCUCCUUCGCAGCCCGUGCUUCUGGCCGGAGAUUUCAAUGCCAAAUCAAUGGCAUGGGGAUCAUCGGUGAGAAAUGCGCGGGGUGCGGUGCUGCAGGACUGGGCGGUCGCGGCUGAUCUCUCGGUCGUAAAUCGCGGGAGUGAGCUUACCUGCGUGCGGCAAAGAGGGGGCUCCAUCGUCGACAUCACCUUCGCUAGCCCCCCCCUUGCAAGGCGAAUUACUGACUGGAGGGUUGUUACUGAUGUGGAAACGCUGUCGGACCACAGAUACAUCCGCUUCAGCGUCUCUGCGCCAUCCGCGUUUCGCGGUGAGCCUUCCCUAAAUGGUGGACGUCCGCGUUGGUCGAUUCGUAGUCUCGAUAAGGAACUCCUAAUUGAGGCUGCCAUAGUUCAGGCAUGGAUCCCUGCACCGCGGAUCGCAACAACAGUAGAGGACGAUGCAGCGUGGAUGGCUGAUGCCAUGGCGCAGAAGACCGAUGUAUUGGUGGUCCGCCGAAAUUGCCCAGCUGCGCGCAUCCUGCGUGGCUGCGAGGCGGGCGUACACCAGGCACCGGCGCCGGAGUGGACGGGAUGA